GGUGCAAAUAUAUCGCAGCUAGAGAGAAAUAUUGGAGCUGAUCAAUUUCCACCCAAUGAACAUUAUUUUGGUCUUGUUAAUUUCGGAAAUACAUGCUACAGUAACUCAGUUUUGCAGGCCUUGUAUUUUUGCAGGCCAUUUAGGGAAAAAGUAUUAGAAUAUAAAGCAAGAAAUAAAAGAACCAAAGAAACAUUAUUGACAUGUUUAGCAGAUCUGUUUUACAGUAUUGCGACCCAGAAAAAGAAAGUCGGUUCAAUUGCGCCAAAAAAAUUUAUUGCUAGAUUGAGAAAAGAAAAAGAGGAGUUUGAUAAUUAUAUGCAACAAGAUGCUCAUGAAUUUUUAAAUUUUCUUAUCAACCAUAUUAAUGAAAUUAUACUCGCGGAAAGAAAUCAAAGUAAAGCAGCUACUGGAAAAAGCGGAGCUGGUGAUGCUGGAACACCGCCAGAACCAACAUGGGUACACGAGAUAUUCCAAGGUAUCUUGACAUCAGAAACUCGUUGCCUUAACUGUGAGACUGUAUCAAGCAAGGAUGAAGAUUUUUUUGACUUACAAGUUGAUGUUGAUCAGAACACAUCCAUAACUUACUGCCUCAAGUGUUUUUCUAAUACUGAAACUCUUUGUAGUGAUAAUAAAUUCAAGUGUGAUCAUUGUAGUAGUUAUCAAGAAGCCCAAAAACGAAUGAGGUUGAAAAAAUUACCAAUGAUCCUCGCACUUCAUUUAAAGAGAUUCAAGUAUGUAGAGCAGUAUAACCGACACAUUAAAGUAUCCCACAGAGUUGUGUUUCCAUUGGAGUUAAGGUUAUUUAAUACUAGCGACGAUGCUGUUAAUCCAGAUCGUCUUUAUGAUUUGGUUGCUGUUGUGAUACAUUGUGGAAGUGGGCCUAAUCGUGGACACUAUAUUUCUAUUGUUAAGAGUCAUGGUUUCUGGUUACUGUUUGAUGAUGACGCAGUUGAUAAAAUCGAUGCAUCGAAUAUAGCAGACUUCUAUGGACUGACGUCCGACAUCCACAAGACAUCAGAAACUGGAUACAUAUUAUUCUAUCAAUCACGGGACUGUAAUUAA